GCCAACAGCUGAUCUCUGCCUCUGUGGCAUUAUGUCUGUCUCGGUGUGAACCGUAGUGCACGUGCGUCUCCACCUGGACCGCGCUUUCCUCAGCGCCGUCCGCCCUCCGGCCCGCGGACCGCGCGCUGCGCCGGCACCUAAAGCAGACAGAGGCCAAAACUAUAUCCGUGAUGUCACGAGUCAGUAACUGGUGAAAUCCAACACCGCCAGCUGCAGUCGCGUUGGGGUGAACACAGGUCCCCUUGCAUCAGUGCAAGUCAAGGCACAUAGCAGAAACCACCGCCUGGAGGUAGAGACGCGCAGAGCUGCAUCUGCUGUCGAGCCGGAGACCGCUCCGAGAGCAGAAGCCACACACCGACCCCCGCGCGAGCUCUGCCGCCGCCCGAUCAGCCGCCCUCCGGGUUUCGCCGUCCGCCCCCUCGGAGAGAAGCAGCCGGACCUGCGCGCGCCGCGCAGCGCAAAGACGCCGCGCGGGCGAAGUCUCACCACGCGACCGCAACGCGAUGCGGACGUUGUGAGGCGGCAGUGCGCUUCCCGUGGCUGCAGCGAAGGGUCGGCCCAUGAGCAGGCAUCCUCUGUUUUCACCCAGAUCUCUGCUGCCUGGACAAAUGCAUACAAAUGCAUUUAGGAGCCCAACGGACAAGGAGUGGACACGUUUCCGCGGCAGCAACGUGGAACUUCCUCCUGCUCCUGUCAGUAUGCUCAGCGGUACUCUCUGGAGAAGAAAGCUACCUAGCUCAAGGUGUGGAUAUCCUUUAUCAGCUGGGGCUUACAGCUCAAAGCAGCGCAGAAAACGACAGGACGAGCUCACCUUUGACUGCUCAUACCACCGCUUCCUCUCCCUUCAGUCUCCCUGUUCCUGGAUUUGGUGUGUUACUCAAUUCAGACUCGCUUUAUGAGGCUCCGGCAGCCAGCCUGUUUCCGCCGGAGUUCGGCGAGGAGUUUUCCGUCGUGGUGAGCCUCAGCUCCUGGCGAGCAAGCAAUGCCUUUCUCUUUAGUGUCAAAGACAGCAGGGACCGGCUGCGUUUCGGCAUCCAGCUGCUGCCGCGCAGAGUGGUGGUGUACACGGCUGAGAAGGCCUCCAUCUACUUUACCUACAGUUGGCAGGACGGGCGCCAGCACUCGUUUGCCGUUGGCGUUCGUGCGCGCUCGGUGUCCUUCUUCGCGGAUUGUGGGGCGGUGCAGCAGCGAGAGCAGACCCUGGGGAGGUCUCUGACGUUGGGGGAUUCCAGGGGUCUUCUCACUCUGGGACGGAUGAACUCCAAAGCGGCAGCGUUCCACGGUCGCGUCUGCCAACUAGAUGUCUAUCCUUCCGCUCAAGCCGCCGCUCGCUACUGCAGCUACCUUAAGAAAAAGUGCCGGCUGGCCGACACUUUUCGAUUGUUGCAUUCUGGUUUGGAUUCUGAGGCAAAUGAACCUUCUGCUAAGUCCCCCGCUGGAGUAGUGCCUACACAUCGUGCUUCCAUGAAAACAGAUGCCAAACUAACCCACAACUCAAGCUUCAAAUCAGCAGUAAACCUUCAUCAGAGGGACGAGAGCCACAUUUCCACGUUGGACCCCCUUGCUCAGCCUGACAGCCCCAUCUCACCCAAACCAAGCGGGCAAGGAGUGCUUGAUCCCGUCUACAGCACCAGUACGACCGCUACAAAAAACACAUUGACAAAAAAGAAUCAACCCCAGGGUGAUGAUGAUGUGUCUGAGAACAGCACAGAGGAUGAAAGCAGCUUUGUGAGUGUCCAGAUUCUGCAUGGCGCCCCAGAUCUGACCUCCCCAGCCAGGCAAAGUCGACUGAAAGAAGGACUUAAGAACAACUCCAUCACCGGCUCCAAGGACCCUCGCGCUCAAUCCCAGUCCACUCCUCAGCUUCAGGAGAUGUACCUGAUAGCCAACGGCACCACUUUGUACCGGGAGAACCACGUGGACACCUCAGAACAGCACGAUGUGGACGGCAGCUACGACGACGCGAACAUGGAGGGAUACGAUUACGGAUACGAAGAGCCGGAGUUCUUCUAUGAUUACGAAGGCGGUUUCCAUGGUCCCAAAGGAGAGCCAGGUCCCGUGGGUCCUGCUGGUCCCCCUGGUUUACCUGGCCCUCCAGGACAGAGAGGCUCUCGGGGACCCCCUGGUCCACAUGGUAACCCAGGACAGCCAGGACCACCUGGGCCCAAGGGUUCGAAGGGGGACCCUGGGCUGUCUCCAGGCCAGGCUCCACCGGGUGAGAAGGGUGACAGAGGUCCACCGGGUCUGCUGGGACCAAAGGGAUUUCUAGGCCCGUUGGGCCCCAAAGGUUUUCCAGGUCCCAUUGGACUUCAAGGUGAACAAGGCGUCCCGGGGCCUCUGGGAGAAGCUGGAGCUGCAGGUUACCCUGGCAGGCAGGGUUUAGCUGGGCCACAGGGGAACCCAGGGCCUAAAGGUGUGCGUGGCUUCAUUGGGCCUCCUGGCACUGCUGGGCCUCUGGGUCUGGAGGGGGAGAAAGGUCCUCCUGGUCCCGUUGGAAAACCUGGUCCCAAAGGAAGACGCGGUGUGGUGGGUGACGUGGGAGAGAGGGGGCCUCCUGGUCCUGACGGCAAUGAGGGGCCCGUUGGUGGAACUGGUGUUAAUGGUUUUCCUGGUCUGAGGGGGGAUCUGGGGUCUGAGGGUCCGAGGGGUUUAGCUGGUCUGGUUGGACCUCAGGGCCCAACAGGACAAGCCGGCCUGCCUGGAUUGAAAGGUGAUAAGGGUGAAGUGGGACAAAGGGGCGAACAAGGCGAGAUGGGUUACCAAGGUGACAAGGGUGCUGCUGGGGCUCCUGGUCCAACUGGGCCAAGAGGGAAGCCAGGUCCAUUGGGCAAAGUGGGUGAGAUGGGAACACGUGGGCCACCCGGGCCUCCAGGACCGGAGGGGUUUCCUGGGGACAUUGGCGUACCAGGGCCCAACGGCCCCCCUGGACCAAAGGGUCUACAAGGUGCCAGAGGACUCCAAGGCCCACCAGGGCCAAAAGGAAUAGAGGGGGAUGAAGGACCACCUGGCCCACCCGGCCCCCCUGGCCCUACUGGAAGAGCUGGAAGGAAAGGCUACAUAGGCGAAGCUGGCCCUGACGGUUUAAUGGGAGAGAAGGGGGACACGGGAAAUGUUGGAAAGAUUGGACCACAAGGUCCAUUAGGUCCAAUUGGGAUAACUGGGGUAAUAGGAGUUCCUGGUGAAAAGGGCGACCGUGGACCAGCAGGACCGACAGGUCCCGCUGGGGAGAAGGGACCAGGGGGCUAUCCAGGAGUGCCAGGAGGUCCCGGGGACGUCGGAUUGCAAGGUACACCUGGUCCACAGGGGCAGAGGGGCAGUCCAGGCAUCGCUGGGCCCAAAGGCAGGAGGGGCCCACAGGGACCAGAUGGCCCGGCUGGAGAACCAGGCCCUGAAGGCACCAAGGGUGAAAAGGGGGACACUGGGCAGAAAGGAGAGCCAGGAUUCAUAGGCAAAGCUGGGAGUCCCGGUGAGAGAGGCCUUCCUGGAAAGCCUGGUAAAGCAGGUAUUCCAGGCAGUGUUGGGGAGAGGGGACCCCACGGUGAAGCCGGACUCAAAGGACCACCUGGAGAACCUGGACCUGACGGGGAGCAAGGACCCGAAGGAGUGCCUGGUGCAGAGGGGGAACCAGGUGCCAUUGGAGAGCCUGGAUCAAAGGGUGAAGCUGGGCCGCCAGGAGAUGAAGGAGAGCAGGGACAGGAGGGAGUGAGAGGCCCACCUGGUCCUUCUGGUGAAGAUGGUCCUCAAGGGAAAGAUGGAGUCAAGGGUGAACCUGGUGAUUGUGGGCCAGUUGGAGAACCUGGUGAUAAAGGUGUGGAAGGAAACCCUGGACCUCCAGGAGUGCCUGGGGAGCCUGGGAAACAAGGCUUUCGUGGACCAGAAGGAAAACUGGGACCCUCGGGAAACAGAGGAAGACAAGGAAAAAAGGGAGAAAAAGGUCCUCUGGGCCUUGCUGGUGAAAUUGGCUCACGUGGAGACAUUGGUCUUCAGGGUGAACCAGGGCUGAAAGGUGCCAGGGGGACCAGAGGAACACCAGGCCAACCUGGAGCCAUGGGAAUAGAAGGACAACCAGGAACGGCAGGAUACACAGGUCACGCCGGCAAGCCUGGGCUGAUUGGACCACCGGGACCAAAAGGUGAAAAGGGUUAUCCAGGCGAGGACAAUAAGACCCCAGGACCACCAGGGCCCUUAGGUGAACCAGGACCAGCAGGAGAACGAGGAGAGCGUGGAGAGCCAGGGGAUGAAGGGUAUCAGGGCCACAUUGGUACCGUUGGAUCUCGUGGAGCUAUUGGACCUCCAGGCCCACCAGGAUCGCCAGGCCAUUCUGGCGAGAAAGGCCCAAAAGGAGAGCAAGGUGCUCCGGGCACAGCAGGAAAGAAAGGGGCAAGGGGGCUCAAUGGAGCUCCUGGCAUUGAAGGGUCAACUGGUUUGCCUGGAGUCAUUGGAAUGAAGGGUUACCCAGGCCCAGAUGGGCAGCCUGGACUGACCGGCCCUCCCGGACUACCAGGAAAGCAAGGGCGACAGGGUCAGCGCGGCUUACUAGGACAAGAAGGACCUCCUGGACGGCCAGGUCCUAGGGGCGAGAUUGGACUUCCUGGACAACAUGGAGAAAUAGGACCACCUGGUCAGAAGGGAGAACCUGGUCUUCCAGGAGACAGAGGAACCUCGGGAAUCAAAGGCAUGGAGGGUUCUGCAGGUGACCAGGGCAGGAAAGGUGACCCAGGACCCAAAGGACAAGCAGGAGAGCCUGGAGAUGCGGGGAUGGUUGGCUUACAAGGAUUUCCAGGACCAAAGGGUCCAAAUGGUGAUUUGGGAAUGGGAGGCUUCCCUGGUCCCAAAGGCCCUAUUGGAACUCUAGGAUUUACAGGACCUGUAGGCCCGGAAGGAAUUAUGGGCCCAAUGGGCAAGCCAGGACCAAAGGGGCCAAAAGGAAGUGAUGGUGAGAUGGGGCCUCAAGGACCACAGGGAACUCCAGGGCCCAGAGGACCACCUGGUGCUCCGGGUCCAACAAAAGUGAUUUAUGAUGACUCUGCAGUCUACAGUUUGUCAGACUCAGGGGCAGAGAGCUUUCAAAAUACUGAGACCAGCUUUCCGGACCAGAAUACUGAGAUACUGAGGACGCUGCGUUAUCUGAGCAGUGUGAUUGAGAGCAUCAAAAAACCUCCGGGAACCAGGGAGAACCCGGCCCGCGUCUGUAAAGACCUGCUGGACUGUCAGCACAAGCUCGAAGACGGUUGGUUCUGGAUUGAUCCAAACCUAGGCUGUACCUCUGAUGCCUUCAAGGUGUUCUGUAAUUUUACUGCAGGAGGACAGACCUGUUUACAUCCACUGGCCUCUAAUAAGAUGGAGUUUGGUGUAGGGAAAGUCCAAAUGAAGUUCCUCCAUUUACUGAGCAACGAGGCCAACCACAGCAUCACACUGCACUGCUUAAACGACCCAAACGGCCCCGGCUCCACUGGACCCACACACCGAGAACGCAGCACUCUCCGGUUUCACGGCUGGAACAAGCAGAUCUUUAAGAAAGGCGCGAUACUUGAGCCACAUGUGCUACAAGAUGAGUGCGAGAUCCAAGAUGGCAGCUGGCACCAGUCACGUUUCUUCUUCCACACUCAGGACACUCGUCAGCUGCCCAUUGUAGACGUACAGGAAUCGCCCACGGAGCCCAACAGUCAGCGGCAUAUUGAAUCUGCUCCCGUGUGUUUCCUCUGACACCGUCAUCGCUGUCCCCACAUCUUUACAUUAACAACGUAAAUGCAGGGCUGCCUCCCAAAGAGAAGCUUUGAGACCAAGAUGGAAGGAGUGUCUGUGAGAGUAACAAUGGGCCCAUGUUCCAUCAAUAGUAGACAUACACGAAGGGAGUCGAUCUCUGUUGCAUCUCCAGGCAAAGAAGUCCAAAGGAUAACAGUGAUUACCAAUAUUUAUAAGAAAUAAAUGUGUAAAAUACGUUUUGUUUUAAUUAAAGUUCAAACAAUGCUUAGGUUGGCUGCAUAUGGACCCAUAUUUAGUCCCUGAUCACAGGGUAGGGCUUCACCCAGCAGCAGCCUACUGACACCCAAAGCCCAAAACCUCCACCGCCACCCCGGCCCGCUUUCCAAACACUCGUAGACCUUUCUACACAGGGGCCCAACCCGAAGGAGCGUGCCGGGCCUCUACAUCCGAGCACUGUCCAGCUAAAGGUUUAUGUGAGUGCAAUAGCAUAUGGGUCAUAUGUGACUGCUUUCAAUAUUUCAUUUUCCAAUCCAAGGCUACGGUUUUUAUUUUCAGUCCUGUCCAGUCAGACCCGUUCAUCUUCACAGAUGGUGCUCUACCUCUACCUGCUUAUUUGCCUGCUAGAAUAGUUGCUAAUGUCAAGUUAAUCAAUUUUGCUUUCGUGUUGUAUGUACCGGUUACAUCAAGAUUUGUCAUGUUGUGUAAGUACUUAUGUUGAUUUUGUCCAUUUUAAUUUAUGAACCAUUAUUUUGUUACACUACAUAUUUUUGUAGCGUGUCCUUCUAUGUGGUAGGUUCUUCAGGGCAAACCUAUCAUUGGUGCUGCAUCAAAGAAUGAGUCAUCAGUGAGUUUUUAAAUUUCCUGUGUAUAUAUUGACAGCAUACUGUAUGUUUAUUUAUAACCUUUUUGUUAAUGUUUUUGGCCAUAUUACUGUACUACAGUAAGUUAUACUCUCAGAGAUUUAUUUGGUCAACCACAGCUCAGUCUAUAGAAGUAUUUAUGUUCAAAUAUGUGUUUGUGUUCACACCUCCGACCAUAUGUUUAUCAUACUGUCUUUCGGUUUCAGUGGUGGUUCAGUGGACUGGCAGCUACAGCCAGAGUCAGAAUACAACAACAAAAACGUUUUCUAUACUUAAGUUAUAUCAACUUGAACCAAGUGUAAUUUCAUAAAGUUGGAUUAAAAUGUGUAAAUAAUAAAAAAAAAUAUAAAUUUGAUCACAAUUAAACAGAACAUUUUAUCCACAA